AUGAAGUUACAGUGGCAUCCAUUUACACUAUUCCAUUAUGCUGUCUAUUUCAAUUUGAUGAAGGUAAAACAUUGGAUUCAGCAGGGACUUCAUCUGCCCAGGAUAUGGUUGGUAGAGACGGAGAUCGCCGUCGUGGUCAUGGCCGUGGCCGAGGCCGAAAGGGGAGGCCUAGGCUUUCUACCGGUCGCCCGCUUGACUUACAUGCAGAUCCAUACACUCUCGUUGGGUCAUCAUCAGGCACGACUGUUUCGACUAGUGGGAGACCGCCACCUAUUGCUACUACUACCCCCUCUCGUCAGGAGCCUCAGAUACACAUGAUGCCUACUCCGGGUGCACCAAGAUCAUCCGCUCAACAAGCCAAUGAGCAUCCCAACACUGCCUCACAUGGUGCGCAGAGUGAUCCAGCUAUCGUAGCUCCCAGUCGAGCAGGAUCUUGUGGGGAAAAACAAACCACAUCUACUGGUACCCAAGAUACUCAGGGUCCAGGAACAUCCACUGCCACUGGUCACUCUGCCACAAGUGCUCCUAAACUUAGAUACGAUGGUGCCAAAUGUUGGCACCCACCUAAGCCUGGCUUGAAGCGCAUUUCUCAGGUUUUUAAGGAAAAUUACAACAAGUCUUGGCUGAGUUUUGAUGAGGCAGAUGAUGAUACUCGAAAAAUAUGGUGGACAGAAUGGAGGAAAUGCUUUGACAUUCUUGAUACGGAAGAGGAUGACAUCUAUCAAGCUUGGAGGUUUAGGGCAGCCAAGCGCCUAUGAGGUAUGCUCCAUGCCAUUCGCAAAAAAGGAGCCCGUCCAUAUUGGAUCCCACCAGAAGUUCUUGGUGAAUUGAUGAGACAUUGGGACACUGAUGCCUAUAGACAAUUACAGGCGAGAAAUACAGCUGCUAGAAAAUCAACUCGAGGUACCUCUCUUCACACUGCAGGAGGCACCACCUUUCCAAAAGCGAGGUUAUGCUUGGUAAGUUGUUUAUCAACUCAAAUUGUUAGCACCUGCAUUUAGAAUUAGAUAUGAGAUUGAAAUGAUUUAGAAUCUGGUUUGUUGAUGUUUAUGAAUACUUCAUACAAAAAAUAUGUAAUCUGGUUUGAUGCACUGUUUUUCUCAUUGUUCCUUAGUAUGUUUGUCCUAGCUUGAACAACUAGCUGAAGUAAGAUUUUUAUUGGAGAGACACAUUCUUGUUCUAUUUAAUUUUUUGAUAGAUUUUGAGAG